AAAUUCGGAUCUUUAGGCAACUCAUCUUGAAAGUGUUGUUAAUUUUCAUUGUUAUUGCUUCUUUUCGCUCAAUUAUGUGCGUUGAUAGAAUAUAAGCGUCUUAACAAUUAAAAAAGCUAAUCCACACCUGGUGGUAUUUGAUUUGGAAAGUCUCCGUCAAAAACUUUUUAUUUUAACUUAUUAAAAGCAUGUCGGCGAAAUUCCCGGUUAUUACAAUUCAAUGCGAUUGGAAUGAAGUCAUAAAACUACCAAAGUGCAAAGCUUGGAUAUCCUGCAAAUAUUUAAAUCAAAAUAGUGUCCACGAUGAAUUUAGAACAAGCUUAAAUAAUAGUGACGGGAAGAUUAAAAUAGAAUUCUCAGAUAACUACCAGUAUAUAUCUCAUGGAAACCUCAGCCUUGUGAUAAAGCACAUAUCUGGUUUGAAGACAGCCUUUGUGGCCCCGACAAAGGCUUAUAAAGUGCAUGAGAAGGGAGUCAUAACUGUGUCUGCAUCUGGCACAGAGAAUGCCUUGGCUAUAUCUGCUUGCGAUGGUGACCAACUCUUAGUAUGGGACAGCAGGACAGGUGAAGUCAUGCAAGACCUUAAAGGCCAUGGUGGUCCAGCAUAUAAAAGCAAAUUCUUCAAUUCUGGUGUAGUGGUGAUAUCGGCUGGUGCAGAUGGAUCAUGUCGGAUCUGGUCUGCAGAGACUGGAGUCAACCCUGUCACACUGAUAGGCCACACAUUGGCCGUUUGUGAUAUAGCUAUUGUUGAAGUUGGAAGGAAUGUCAUUUCUGUCAGCAAGGAUGGUACAGCAAAGCUGUGGGAUGUUGGUCAAGCAGCAUGUUUGGCCAAUAUUGUUGAAGGUCAUGGUGAGAUAAAUUGCUGCACCCUGACAACAACAACCGAUGAGGUGCCUGUUGAGAAUGAGAGAGAGGUGGGAACAAGUAACAAACUACUAAUAAUUGGUUGCGAGAGUGGCCUAGUCGUUGGCGCCCACGUGGCCAAAAGGGAGGAAGUUUUUCGGAAGCAGAUGGACUCCGCCUGCAAUGCUUGCAUUGUUGUAGGGCAGAAUGCCAUCAUUGGCUGUAGCAGUGGGAAGAUAAUGCUCCUCAACCUUCAAAACGGGGAACUAGGGGAGUUACACGAAUCCGCGAGCCCAGUCUUAAGCAUGGUAACAUUGCCCAACCAGAUGUUCGCAGUCGGACGCCAAGACGGCACGUGCACUGUCAUGUCACUACACGAAGCCCACGGCGCCACCCGAGUACAGCUGACCGGCUCAGAUUGCGACGGAAUCAGAGACCUAGCCUUCAAUGGAAAAUGGAUUUUUGCUGCCUGCCGUGACUGUAAUGUUAGGAAGUAUGACUUCAAUCAAGUGAUCGUACAUUUUAAGUGAGAGUUAUUACUUCAUGUGACAAUAUCUGUAAGUUAAUUUUUUUAUACUCUUUGACCGCCAAGAACGUCCAUACACGUGCUCGGAAAGUGUCUUUCUUUAGUGCCAUAACGUGUAUACACGUUAUGAAGUACUAAUAGAGAUAAGUAAAUCUACAAAUAAUACAAAUAUGUUUCUGUAAUUUUGCUAUUGCUAUAGAUAAUCCUUAUCGACUUCUAGCUUUGAUUAUAAAUAGAUUUUUAAAAUAACAUAUCCACCAACAGCUCAAAUAACAACAAUUCAUGUAUUUUGGUGGGUCGAGCGUGUCUUGGGCACGUUAUCUGGGACCGUGUCUUGGCGGCCAAACGUUUAAUAGGGAUAGGAUUGUUAUUGACUGAAUUAAGAGUUCUCGAUUAAAUUAAGUAGUCUUGUUGAACUUCAGAGCAAACACUAUUUAUCUCUUUACACGAAAAUCGAAGUACUGCGAAGUUUUACCCGCCACAAUGCUUCUCCCCAAAAGUAGUCAUUUUCUGCUCAAAUACUUAUAAAGCAAGUAAAAACAAUUUGGAAUGAUCUAGUGCCUAGUGAUUUAUACAUUUAGCUAAAUAAAAUAUGUCCAAGACAUA